AUGGCUUGGUUACUCGCCGAGUCGUUCGCGGAGUUGAUGCUUUUGCCUUCUAGGUAUGUGUCUGUGCUAGGCUACUUGGUCAAGCAAUACUUGUUUGAAAAAAUGGAGCUUCUUCCCAACACCGCCACACUCAUCGCGUUUUACAAAAGAAGAAAAGAAGAGGGCAAAGAAGAAGAAGAAGAACGACUGGAAGAAGUAGAAGAAGAAGAUGAAGUUGAGCUUUUAGCGGGGACUGUGGAAGUUUGCUUUAACAAAAAGGGUGUCGUUGCCUCUCCUCCUACACCAACUCCUCCCAAGAAUUCGCCUUAUGUUAGUAACAUUGUGGUGAAAAAAUUGCUUCGAAGGUUUAGGGGCAUUGAAUGGCAUCUUUUGAAGGCAAGCGAGGAACUAAUCUUGCAUAUGAGUUCCUCAAGAGAGGGGUACUUGCAUUGCAGGAUGAUUGAUACAGCUCCAUUCAACAUGUAUAAAAAAUCAGGAUACGACAUUGUAAAGAUAGAUACCAUUUUGGUUUUGUUGCUGUUGCAGAGGCGCAAGCACUUAAUAUGCAAGAAACUUCCAGUCUUAACCAACUUUUCAGAAUUGGAUACGUUCUGUUCACAAGAGGAAUUAACACCAUGA